GCCAGAGUGACCAAUGCAACCACAUUGGCUGACUUGUGAUAAAUGCUGGUUGAAGAAUGGGAUGCCAUCCCACAGCAGUGAGUGACCAGGCUGGGCACAGUCUGUUUGCUAUGUGGGUAGUGUCUGCCUGCAGCAAUCAGAUUCUGUUUUUCCUGACAGUUUAACAUGGUGCCCCAUAAUUUUUGGCAUUGAUAUUGUGGUUUAACAAGUAUUCAUUGCCAUCUUGUACAACUUAGUAGCUCUUUCUGUGUCUGCUCACCUGGGGCCUUAUUAGAGCUUUUGGAUUAUUUCAUGGAGAGGAGGGUGGUGGCACAUAAGUUUGACUUAGUCGGCCUCCUGAGGAUUUUUACUAUGAUUUAUUCAAAUUAUUUGCUACCAAAAUAAAAGAUAUUUACAAAACAUCCAUCAUAUUUUAAAAAUCUGGUUGGGAAAUGCCUCUGUUAUGUGUUAGUGAUGCUCAGAUGAAAUUAAAGGGGAGCUUCAGCAUCCUUAAAAGGGUUUUAAAUUGCCUACAUGGUUCACAAAUCAGCCAGAAUCCAGCAGUUAGACACAAACCUUCAUUCCACAAACACCCCACCAUGAGUUAACUUUAGCCAUUGGCUCUGGAUCAAUAAUUGAAUAAGUUAUGGAGAAUAAACUUCUCUUCAACUGGCCAGAGCAUCAUCCACCCCUCCUUAAAACUCCAUAAAUAUCAUGAGGAGAAAAUAAGAGCACAUUCCAGUUUCAGAUUUGUUUGGUGUUCCAGACCAGAGACGAUGAAACCGCUGCUGAUCUUCCUGGCCUCGCUCUGUGCGGGACUUGCUGUGGAAAAAGAUUGCUCAGAGAAGCUUUUUGUUUUCCCAGAGAGCAGUGAUGAUUCUUUUGUCAAGCUUCCUGCUACUUUGGAGCAGCCCCUCACUGCUGGAACCAUGUGCAUGAGGUACUUCUCUUCGCUUACCCGAGCCCAGGUCCUGUUCUCCCUGGCCACCCCAGCUCACUCUAACACCUUCCUUCUCUUCAGGUGCUCUGUUGGUGUGUACCAACUGCACAUCAAUGGGGUGGCUCUUACUGUCUCUGGGCUCCCUGAUCAAACUGAUGAGUGGAACUCUGUCUGCUGGACGUGGGACUCCAACAACGGCUUGAACACGGUGUGGGUCAACGGAAAGAGAAGUGGUCGGAAAAUUCUGGGAGCCAAAGCAUCCAUUACUGGUGAUCUCAGCAUUAUUUUGGGUCAAGAUCAGGAUCGUGGAGGCUUUGACAAGGCUCAGUCCUUUGUUGGGGACAUCACAGACGUCCACCUGUGGAACAGCGCCAUCUCGCCGUGUGAAAUCAAGUUCUACGUGAAAGGUUGCGCCUUCACCCCUGGAAACCUUCUGAACUGGAAAAAUCUGCGCUACUCCACCGCUGGCUCUGUGUACGAGGAGCAGAGUGACUUUGACAAACUGGCGUGUUAG